AUGGCCUCGGAGUCGGUGAAGGUGGUGGUGCGCUGCCGCCCCAUGAACCAGCGGGAGCGGGAGCUGAACUGCCAGCCUGUGGUGACGGUGGACUCCGCGCGCGGCCAGUGCUUCAUCCAGAACCCGGGCGCCGUCGACCAGCCCCCCAAGCAGUUCACUUUCGACGGCGCCUACUACAUGGACCACUUUACAGAGCAGAUCUACAACGAAAUCGCCUACCCGCUGGUGGAGGGUGUCACCGAGGGCUACAACGGCACCAUCUUUGCCUACGGCCAGACAGGCAGCGGGAAGUCCUUCACCAUGCAGGGCCUGCCGGACCCACCCUGCCAAAGAGGCAUCAUCCCUAGGGCCUUCGAGCACAUUUUCGAGAGCGUCCAGUGUGCAGAGAACACCAAGUUCCUGGUCCGGGCCUCCUACCUGGAGAUCUACAAUGAAGAUGUCCGUGACCUGCUGGGCAUUGACACCAAGCAGAAGCUGGAGCUGAAGGAGCACCCGGAGAAGGGGGCGUACGUGAAGGGGCUCUCCAUGCACACAGUGCACAGUGUGGCCCAGUGCGAGCGCGUCAUGGAGACGGGCUGGAAGAACCGCUCGGUUGGCUACACCCUAAUGAACAAGGACUCCUCCCGCUCCCACUCCAUCUUCACCAUCAGCAUCGAGAUCUACGCGGUGGAUGAGCGGGGCAAGGACCACCUCCGGGCAGGCAAGCUAAACCUGGUGGACCUGGCAGGCAGCGAGCGGCAGUCCAAGACGGGUGCCACGGGGGAGCGGCUCAGGGAGGCCACCAAGAUCAACCUGUCGCUGUCGGCGCUGGGCAACGUCAUCUCGGCCCUGGUGGACGGGCGCUGCAAACACAUCCCCUACCGGGACUCGAAACUGACACGGCUGCUGCAGGACUCGCUGGGCGGCAACACCAAGACGCUGAUGGUGGCCUGCCUGUCGCCCGCUGACGACAACUACGACGAGACCCUCAGCACGCUGCGCUACGCCAACCGAGCCAAGAACAUCAAGAACAAGCCUCGCAUCAACGAGGACCCCAAGGAUGCCCUCCUGCGCGAGUACCAGGAGGAGAUCAAGAAGCUCAAGGCGAUUCUGGCUCAGCAGAUGGGCCCCAGCAACCUGUCAGCCCUGCUGAACAAUCAGGUUCCCCCAAACCCCGUCCAGAUUGAAGAAAAGCUGUUGCCCCCAUCUGUGAUCCAGCACGACACGGAGGCCGAGAAGCAGCUGAUCCGGGAGGAGUACGAAGAGCGCCUGGCCCGGCUGAGGGCCGACUAUGAGGCAGAGCAGCAGUCCAGGGCCCGGCUGGAGGAGGACAUCACCGCCCUGCGCAGCUCGUACGACGUGAAGCUGUCCACGCUGGAGGAGAACCUGCGCAAGGAGACAGAGGCUGUCCUGAAGGCAGAAGUCCUCUACAAGGCCGAGGUCACGUCCAGGGCUGAGUUCGCCAGCAGUUCUGAGUACUCACCUACUUUCCAGUACAAGAUGGCCGUGAAACCCGAGGUCUACUCCAUGCCUGACACCCUGCCCAGUGAGGGUGUCUUCAAGACUGAGGUUUCUUCCAGGUCUGAGAAACUGCCCAAGGUGGAGGCCUCCAAGUCGGAGGUUGCUCUUGGGUUUGAUGAGUCUUCCACGCUCAAAGAAAAUUUCAUCUCCACGGCUUUCCCUGGGCCCAGGGAGCCCUCCAGCCUGGAGGUCCCUGUGCCUGAGGUGGAGGCCCCGAGUGGACACUUCCUAGAUGAGGAUGUCAGCCGGGAGCCCACGGAGCCCCUGUGGGAGGAGGAGCCCUUCCUCCAGGGAGAAGAGCCCCACCUGAAGGCCCUGGAGCUACUUCCGGGCCUGCAUGACCCAUUUGCCGUGGAAGCCAAGCUGGCCAGACUUUCCUCCACGGUGGCCAGGCUGGACGUGCCCCAGGCGGACGUACCCAAGGUCACCACACAGCACCCCUCCCGGACAGAUCUGCUGGAGCCUGGUGACCUCAGGUCUGAAGCUGAGGUGGCCGACGACCACCUGCCCAGGACUGAGGUUGACCUGGGCCCGGGAGUGACCAAGGAGGUGGUGUUGGCAGCAGAGCCCAGUGUGGGAGCCGAGGGUGAAGCCCAGGUGGCCUUGGAGGCUCAGCCUCAGUCUCUGCUGGCCAUGACAACUGCGAGAAGGGACAGUAUGGAGGUGGCAGUGCUGACCGAUGACCUACUGCCCACUGUGGACCAGCAGCGGGUGCUUGCCCGCUUGCAGCUGUUGGAGCAGCAGGUGGUCGGUGGGGAGCAGGCCAAGAACAAGGACCUGAAGGAGAAGCACAGGCGGCGGAAGAGGUAUGCAGACGAGCGCAAGAAGCAGUUGGUGGCGGCCCUGCAGAACUCAGACGAGGACAGCGGGGACUGGGUGCUGCUCAACGUCUACGACUCCAUCCAGGAGGAAGUGAGGGCCAAGAGCAAGCUGCUGGAGAAGAUGCAGAGGAAGCUUCGAGCAGCAGAGGUGGAGAUCAAAGAUCUGCAGUCAGAGUUCGAGCUAGAGAAGAUCGAUUACUUGGCCACCAUCCGUCGGCAGGAACGUGACUUUAAGCUCUUCCAGCAGCUCUUGGAGCUGGUGCAGCCCCUGAUUCGCCGGGACUGUAACUAUAGCAACCUGGAGAAGAUAAGGCGCGAGUCCUGCUGGGAUGAGGAUAAUGGCUUCUGGAAGAUCCCCCAGCCCAUCAUCAUAAAAACCAGCCUCCCAGUAGCAGUUUCAACAGGGCUACAGAACAGAUCAGCCCGCAAAACCUCCACAGUGGACAACGGUGAACCAGGCACGGAAGAAGACCGCUACAGGCUGAUGCUCAGUCGGAGUGACAGCGAAAACAUUGCCAGUAACUACUUCCGGCCUAAGCGGGCCAGCCAGAUCCUCGGCACGGGUCCCAUGAAGAGCCUCGCACGUCACAGCUCGCCACCAGGCCUCAGCUCCCCACUUGGCAACAGCUCUGCCAUCCCACCCACCCAGGCCCCUGAAAUGCUCCAGCCUCGGCCCUUCCGCCUUAAGUCCCUUGACAUCCCCUUCACCAAGGCCAGGCGUAAGAAAAGCAGAAGCAGCUUUGGUGGUGAGCCUCUGUGA